AUGACGAGCUACGGCGAUUUCUUUUCUUCUUCAAUUAUUCUUUUGGUGGGUGCAACUGGAGUAGGAAAAUCAACUAUAAUAAACACUAUAACCAAUUAUUUUCGUAAUGGCAGCCUUGAUGACAUAAGGAUUGCAAUACCAACACAAUGGCAUGAAGUUACUGAACAUGAUCUCAAGGUAAAUUCUGUAGUAGAUGUGAAUAAUGUAUUUAAAAGCCAGACGUCUUCAUGCAUUAACUAUAACUUUGUUGAUCCUGAGAAUAAAUAUACGUUUAUCGAUACACCUAGUUUGAGCGAUACACGUAGCAAGGAACUAGAUGGCCGUAACCUGCAAACAAUUAUAGAAAGCGCAAUUUCCCAACAUCAAUUAACGGCAAUUGUUUUAGUUGUUAAUGGAACGGAAUCAAGAAUUACAGAGUCAAUUCAAAACGACCUUAUACGUCUUUCGAGUAAUUUGCCAGAUAAUCUUUUUAAAGAAAAUCUUUUACUUAUCGUGACUAAUUCAAUAAAGAGUAGUUCCUCAUUCAGUCUUGAUAUAUUUAAAAAAGAAGUUGUCGUGCCUAAGCAAAUAUAUUAUAUGAACAAUAUGACAUUUUGUUCUGAUCCAAUCAAUGAAAUGAAACCUAUAUCUACACAAGAGUUUGUUGAUAUUAAAGCUGCAAUAGAAGGAAUUAGAGCUGAGAUAUUUAAUGCUAAGAAUAAUCUCCAAAACAUUUAUGCGAUUAAGGAAGAAGUUGCAUUCGUGAAGGAAGAACGAGAUAAAAUAGGAGAACCACAACAUAUAUUAAAACCACUUAUAAAGAAAUUACGAUUAAAUCAAAAAUCGAGACCGGUUAUUCUAACUCUGUUUGUAUUAGAUGCAAUAAAGUUUGCCAUGAAAAUUACGGAAGAUUUCUUUCAUUUGGAGCAAACGAAAGUGGUAUUGGAUAUUAUUCGCGAUCUCGACGCUGAAUAUUCGUUGCGUAAGAAAAUGUGUGAUAAAAGGGACUCUUACGGCAAGACGAUGGAUAAACAACAAAGUGAGCUCGACAAGUUGAAUAGUAUGAAAAAUGAAUGCUUACUAAGUAUAAUUGAGCUUGGCAAUAAGAUGAAAUCAAUAUGCAGUCGUUGUGAUCUUAAAAGAGAAUUAUUGGCGACUAUUGGCCAAUUGGAAAAACUUCUCAAUAAUAUUAAAAUCUCUACAGUAAGAGAAGAGGCAAAUAAAGACAUCGAAUCUGUUUUGAAAUUAUUAAAUAUUAUAUGA